AAACACGAAAUUUUAAUCUACUAAUAACUAAAGUCAAUAACAUCACGAAACGAAAAGUAACUGAGUAAAAUCAACUGGAAAAAAUAUAUGGUAGAGAAUACAUCCCUUUUUCUAGUUCCUAUCCGUGACAAUAAGUUGUCGUUGUGUAACCUUUAUGUUCAUGUCGUGUUCUGUUUGAGCGAAAUAUAAAAAGGAAAAUAUUUAGACAAUUUAAUUUAUGAAAAUUCAAAAAGUUAGACGGUUCCAAUCCCGCGCUCCAAAAUUACUUGCUUUAUUAAAGCAGCGAAAGGGUUAAGAAAAAAAUCGUAAAAUGUCAAAAAGUUAUCUUUUGAGUGUCAGUGCGUUGAUGGCCUAGGGUUAUUUAGGUUCAAUAUUUUGCGAGUGCCGCCUCUUAAACGCGAUAAAACAUUGAACCAAGUCUGCAGGAUGUCGGAAAGUGAAGAUUUAUUUACAACUCGCAUGCGAAGAGCUACGAGAAAAAUACAUAACUUAAGUGACGCUCUUGUUAAUGCAAAAUUCGCUAUCUCAUUACGAAAUGAAGAAGUCUGGGGUGGAGGACUGUUCAUUUUCUACCACAUAUUUGGUUACCUGGAAGAUGCUAAAGAAAGGCUGAAGAUGCCUGAUUUUGACAAAAUGUUUGUUAACAAGGCUCUUUACAGAAAGAAAGCUUUCGAAGAAGACUUGGAACAUUACUUAGGGUCGGAAUGGCGGUCAAUACCAAAGGCACCAGCUCUAGAGAACUAUCUUGAACACUUACAAGAGCUGGAGAAGACCAACCCUCAACUCCUGCUGGCAUAUGUGUACCAUCUGUAUUUGGGUUUGCUCAGUGGAGGACAGAUAUUGGCUAAGAAGCGAAGGAUGUUUGGUGAUGGUUCCGUAAAACCCUACACAGACAAAGUGACAGACUUCACUGGCACAGACAUAGGUCAACUGAAAAAGGACUUCAGACAGGCUACAAACGAAAUAGCCGACAAAAUGACGGAAGAAGAGAAAAACGCUUUUAUUGAAGAGAGCAAUCAAGUGUUUGUUUUAAACAAUUCAAUAGUCAACUCUGUCGGGGGUCAAGAUAAAGUGUUUUAUAACUUAAUGUACAAAGGUUUUGCUAUUGUUCUUAUUGGUACAGGCAUUGUGCUUGCAUACCUAAUGCAUAAGUAGUACACAAAUUAUAAUCAGUGUUGGUCACUCUUUUGGCAAGUCUGUCAAAAUUUAAAAACUCGCCAACAACAGUGAUGUCGAUUGUAAAUGAAAAUAACUUUAUAGGAUGACUAGUUCCUUAUAUAUUCUGUUAGAUUCUAAAUUGUCUUAAAAAUCUAGUGUUCCCUUUUUCUGUUUGAAACUGAAAAGUUUAAAAUUUUUACUCAAA